AUGUUGUUUAAAGGAACUGGGGAUUCUAAGCAAGGUUUCAGGAAAGACAGUCUUAAGUUCCAUAAAAAAAGUAAAGCACAUGUGAAAUGUCAAUAUGCUAUACAAGCCCAAGCAGCUCCCAAAUCUACUCCAAUGGCCAAAGUUAUAAAACGUAUGAAUGCUGACAAUGUUGAGAAAAUCAAGCGUCUAUUCAACACUACCUGCUAUGUUGUUACUCAGCACUUAGCAUUUAGAAAAUUUGAAAGUUUAUGCGAGUUGCAAAAUAUGAAUGGUGUACAGUUGGGGAAAAAUUACAUUAAUGAUCAUGGUUGCAAGGAUUUCAUCAUGGCUAUUGCAUCAGUUUUAAAAUCUGAAACUAAGGAAGAAGUAUCUCAUGCUAAUUAUUUCUCUAUUCUUGCUGAUGGCUCUACUGAUUCUGCCAUAAUUGAACAAGAAGGGGUUUAUAUCAGAUUUGUCAACAAAGGGAAACCAAUCACUAAACUUAUUCAGUUUGUUGCAGUGAAGUCUUCCACCAGUCAAGGUGUAUAUGAUGGGAUAAAGAGUGCCCUUGAGUCAAUUGGUGUUACUCCUGAUAUACAGGCCAGAAAACAAAUAGGACUGAACUUAGAUAGGGCCAGUGUUGAUAUGGGGCAUAAAAGUGGUGUACAAGUCUCGGCACGUAAGGACGUACCGCAUACGCUUGUCAUUCAUUGUAUAAAUCACAACUUGGAGCUUGCCAUAUUAGAUAUCAAAAAAGGAAUCCCUUAUCUUCAAAAAUUUGAGGAAACCUUACAGCUUGUCUUCAAGUUUUACUAUUAUUCACCAAAACGUAGACGAGAACUUUACAGUAUAGCUCAAAUACUUGAUGACAAACUGGUUCACUAUGGGGGAAUACAACAGAUCAGGUGGUUGGCAAGUCAGGAACGUGCCUUGAAAGCCCUUUCAACGAAUAUCAAAACCACUAUUGUGCAUCUUGAGGAUAUUGCCAGCACAGGCAACAGAAAGGAUAGUGCUGAAGCCAAUGGUAUUUUGAAACAUCUUCAAACCACCAAGUUUAUGAAAUAUUUGCAUUUCAUGAUUGAUUACAGUGCAGCCCUCAGCACAAUGUCUCAGGCAUUUCAAGUGGAGUACCUCCUUAUUACUGAAGUUAUGCCACAACUGACAACUGCCCUACUCAAGCUUGGCAGUCUGAAGUCAAAACCAGGUCCAAAUUUGAAGUCGUUUCUUAAGAAAUAUCAAGAUGGUGAAUUCAAGGAAUUGAAAUUAAAAGGUGAACUUGAAAGUGGGUGUGAACCUAUGUAUUCAGAAAUGAUACAGGGUGCCAUGGACUUCAUAGAUGCCAGAUUUGGAAAAAUGCAGAGUCCACCGCACAGUUACUUCCAAAUAUUUCAUUUCAGUACAUGGCCAUAUGCCUCAGAAGAAUUGGCAGAUUAUGGAACACAGGAGCUGGAGGGCAUUUUAAAUCACUUUGCAGCACUUUUUGGUGAAGAGCAGAGAUGUUCCACACUUGAGGAAUGGUUGCCUUUUAAACUGCAUGUAUCUAAGAUGAGAACUUCAACCCAGUUAGAAGUGUUUGCUGAUAUGCUAUUGUCAAAACCUACAAAGUUCAUCAAUAUUCUGCACAUCGUUGAAAUAAUGAUGGCCAUUUCUGUCAGCACUGCAGGUGUUGAGAGAGGUUUCUCAAAUAUGAAUAUUGAGAAGAAUUCAAAACGUACGCAAAUGAAUCAGAACACCCUGAAUGCUGUUAUGGAAAUAAAUAUCAAUGGCCCUCCUCUCUCUGAGUUCAAUCCACUUACAUCUGUGGAGUUCUGGCUUCAGUCCGGUCCUGGUCAGAGACAUAUUGGUGGCCAUGCUGUAUCAGAGAGUGUGACAGAAACUGUUGUCACUGAUGACUGUGUCAUAGCUGAUGAUGAUGAAAACUCACCCAAAGACGUGAAAUCAGUAAUUUCCAAAACAGCAAAGUUUUCAGACGUGGAAUUGGUAAUGAUUGCCAUAAUUCUUGAUGAAGAGGAUAAAAAUAAAGAAAAAGAAAGUGAGCACAUAAAGCGUGGAAUAAAAGAAAGUAAAGGAGAGCUCGCUAAUUUGUACAAGGAGAUAACUGAUGAUGGAACAAUUUUUGUUCCAGUACUUCAGAAUGCCCGAAAACUGUUUAAACACAGUGCUCAGUAA